ACAGGUAAAGUGAGUGACAGUUCACCGCGACACGCGCGCGCUGCGCCUGUCACUCACCAAUGCGGGAACAAUAUAGACUUAUUCAGUCAAAUAUAGCGAGUUCUUCAGUGAAAAACAGAGAGUUAUUGAUCAGAAUGGUCAGGACUAUUUUCAAGUAUGGAUAAAGUUUUCCUGACUGCGGUGUGUCUGCUGUUGACAAGAGCCUCGGUGAAAGUCGCUGGGGUCCAAGGUUGUUGUUUGGUUCUCUCAAAUAUCUUCUUUAGUGUUCUGCUGAAGAAAGAAAGUCAUACAGUUUUGCUAUGAGAUGGAUGUGUAUAAACAGAAGGAAGUGUGAUUGUGUUCACCUGUACCGCAGUCGGGUGUCUUUUCCUGUGCUUUGAUGAAAUCUGAUUUAUUUCAACAAUGCCUGAGCUUCACUUCAUUUCCUGUUGACACUAAUAUACACACAACAAAAGUCCACGCACUUAUAUAUGAAACAUACAGAUCCUCAUCAAAGUUCCUUAAAAUCUUUAUUAGAUUCAUUUAUUUUAAGUGUUGAAUGCAUUUUCUAGGUUUGGUAUAGAACACAAAGCAAGGCAGUAAAGUAUUUAGUUUCAUGCAUCGUAAUCUUCCAAAACAGUCGUCAGAUGAGGGUCUUCCUGAGCCCCAGAGUGUCCACUUCUACUCGGUGAACUUUAGGAACAUGGUCAGAUGGACUCCAGGAGAAAGAUCUCUCAACGGAACCGUCUACGCUGUGGAAUAUGCUGUUUACGGUGAUGCAGAUGAGAGUCACAGUGAACAGGUGAGAUGGAGGCCGGUGGAGCAGUGCACCUUCAUUCAGCAGACAGAAUGUGACGUGUCUCAGGAGACCUUUAACCUGGAGGAGGAUUAUUACGCCAGAGUAAAGGCUGUCGGCCCACACACUCACUCCAUCUGGACUGAAACCACGACCAGAUUCAAACCCAUGACUGACACCACUCUUGGAGCCCCGCUGGUGGACGUGACGGUGGUGCAGAACUACAUAAACAUCACGAUGAAAGGUCCCUUCAGGUGGAAAACGAAGAAGACAAAGAAAGAAAAAUCUCUCUGGAAAAUUAUCCCGCAAAUGAUCUACAACGUUUCUGUGUACAACAGCAAACGAGAACACGUGCAAUCCUUCUUUCUGGGGACAUCUACGUUGACGCAGGGUCCUCUAGACUUCUCCACACGAGUUUGUGUUGUGGUCUCUGCUCAGUCUCAGACCAUUCCUUUGGCCAGCACUCCCAGCCAGCGCACAUGUGCAGAGACGCCUGAAGAUGCGUUUAAAGAUCAGCUGUUGGCUGCUAUGCUGGGUGGUGUGCUACCCUCCGCUCUCUGUCUGUGUGUGCUCGCUGUUCUCGGGGGUCUCGUCCACCGCUACAUCACUGAUCACAAACAAACCCGGCCCAAGAGCACGGAUGUGGUUCAUGUUAGUGAAAAACAUCAAACUCUCCAACCCGAAAGACCCCAAACAAUCAUUGUGAAUGUGACCAAUAUAGUUAUAGAGGAACCCAAACUCAUCUCCCCUCCGCUUCUGCUGCCGCCCGUCUCAUCAGUGGGCGGAGCACCAGCCGCCGCACCCGCGUGUUACGCGCAGCAGCAGCAGCAGCACGUGCCUGCGCCCGGCGGUUCUGCGGGUGUUCCGGCGGACUGUCAGACUGAUUCCUCAGAGACGGACGGCUCGUGGCCGCAGGAGCAUCAGCGUGAAGAACCUGAAGAUUACGGGAUCGUACUGCGGGCCACGGCUGUAACAGAUAUGAAGCCGUACAGGUCACAGGUCAACACGACAGAACCCAGACAGCCGGACGAUGAGGAGAAUGAAGAAGAAGCGCAGAUAUUUUUGGACUGGAGUCCGGACACGUGUGAACUGAAGAUUCCUCUGGUGAGUCCUUUAGAUGUGGAGGACAGAGAGCAGACGGACAUAGAAACAGAGCCAGAUGAAAUGAUGCUUCUGCCUAAAGUGAUCCUGAGACAGUGUUCAGAGGAGAGCUCAGAGCACGAGGACGACAUCACCAAGAUGGAGAGAACCUGGGGUCUUAUAAUCCACACCAACCCGGCAUAAACUCAACACGUACUGUAUGUCACAGACAACAUGAAGCUAAAACACUGAACACGUUCUGUCCAUCUUUACAGAGAUGACGCGGGCCGAAAUGAAGGAGUCGGCUUGUUUCUACUAUAUGUGAAUAUAUGUGUGUAUGUAUAGUGUCCAGAGAAACUGCGUUUAAGUUUAUUUUUAAGAUUCUAUACUACUCAUCCUCCAGUAUAGCCUGACCUGUAUGUAUACUGCACACACAAUCCCACAAUGCAAUGCACGGACUCUACCUGAAAAAUUCUCAUUGCUAAUCGCUUUAAUAACGGUUUGUAUUUCUCAGCUGAUACAUAUAGUCGACUACAGUAUAAAAAGGUUUAUCCUGGAAUAACUCACUGACUCUACUAAACAUAUGUAGAACGUGUACGGUACAAAUGGUGAGUUCAUUCUGAACAUAUCUACUUUCAAUAUUUAACACUUCUGCCUCUCUAUUGAAUCUGUUGCUGUUUCACGACUGUUGAAACAUUUUUUAGUGCAGAACAGAAAGAAGUCAAUUUUGUGUGUUUUUUUAUGGAAAUAGUAUAAAUGUGUUUAUAUAUGUAUAAUUAUAUAAUUGCUCUAUGGCAAUUAUCCAUUUGCACAAGUGUACAUACAAUCUGUUAAUAUGUUUAUUCUACUAUAUACUACCCUGUACAAUGUCUCUUAUAUGUUAUUAUCCCCCAUUUUCUGUAAAAUAGUCUUUAUUUUAUAUAUGCACAAUUUAGAAUC